AUGAAAUCCGGUUAUCUCCAUCUUCAUAACACCUACAAAUUUAGUCUAAUCGUAAAUUCUAAAAUAAAUAAAUUUGUAUCGGAUCAGACUUCUCAAAUAAUUAAAAUAAUGGAAAUGCCCCAGCUCAGCAUAGACCUCAAAUGUUUACGAAAUUGUAUGCGUAAUCUGUUUAUAGCUGGGGAUAUAAUACACUUGCAAGCAGUAACCCUAGGCAAGGCACUAUCCAAUACAGCCACUUUUCAAUGGUUUCUCCACAAGCAGACUAUAGGAAAUUUAGAACAUUUAGUUUAUGAAACCCAACAAGACUCCAAAACACUUUUAAUACACGUAUUGGUACAGGAUCAAGCUUUAAGUGGUAAAGCUCAACAAACUUAUGAAGUCAACUUAGCACCUUAUAAUGGUUCCUGUUCUAUAGAGCCCACGGUGGGAGAGGCUUUCUUUACAAAUUUCCAUAUAAAAUGUCAAAAUUAUGUGGACACAGACACACCCUUAAAUUAUGAAUAUUUGCAGGAAAAUGAAUUUCCUUUACAGCGCACCAAUGAGGCCGAUAUCCAUAUAAAACUGGCUCAGUGUAGUAAAGUUAUAAUUAAGAUUUGUGAUCAAUUUCAGGCCUGCUUUGAAAAUCACAUAAAAGUAGAGGUUAAGGCAUUAGAAGCGGUAAAGGAUGUGGGAAUUUUUAUUCAAAGUAAAGAAGUGGGUUUCAAGCAACUGUUUCUUAAAGGAGAUAUUCUAACUGCUAUGAUUUUAUUGAAAUCAUUAAGUAAAUCUAUUAAAACUAUUAAAGAUCUUGAGAUUAUAGAAAAAGAAAUGGAUGUAUAUGAAGUGAAAACUUUAAUAGAGAUCGAACAAUUUCUAGAAAUUAGCAAAAUUUUACUAACAAAUAAUUUACCUUUGACCUCAGCAAAAGCAAAUAUUUUUAAUAAAUAUAUUCUAAAAUUGCAUAAGGGCUUUAAAAGAAUUCACAAAGAUGCAGAACUUGUGACAUUUAAGAGAUUAUCUUAUGAAAAGUGUAGCCAGGAGUUAUUGCAAAUUAUGCAAUAUUUUGCACAAACCUGGGAAACUAUAAUACCAGUUCAAGUUAUUCCUGCAGCAGCAGUUACUUUUUCAAAUCCCUUACAGGAGAUAUAUCCAAUUUUAGAGGAUUUUAAUAUUAAUAUAGCAGAGCAAUUGCAAAAUUGGUUAAAGAGCUCGAAAAAUCUAAUGGAUUGUUUUAAUUUUAUGUUGGAGGGAGCUAAAGAGUUAUACACCCCCUGGGAACAGAUGUUCUCUUUAGAGAAGAAUAAUUUCUAUUUGAAAGUGUGGGCUUUUGAUAAUAGCAGUGAACAGGAAAUCGAGAUCAAUAAUAAACAAAUUAAAGUUUUACUUAAUGAGGCCUUUAUCAAGGAACUACAAGAAAACUUUCAGAAUACCAAUAUACUGCUGCAGAUGGCCUCCCUAAACUCAAAUCCUUUUUGGUGGUUUCCCAGUGAAAAUCCUUUAAGUACCGAAGUCUUUUUCUUUACAGCUCAUUUGCGGGUUCAACCUAUCAGAUCACAAUACACGAGGAUUUGA